UACCAAUAUUCGUCGCACUAUGCCCAGGCGUGCUACUCACAAGCUCCUUCGAAUGCACCGUUAAGGACACCAGAAGGGUACUCUUAUUCUUCCACCUACAUGCCCUCGUUUCCGGUCCAGCCUCACCAAAUCUCACGCAACCCGCAUGGCUCUCAUCAUCCGAGAGGUGGAGGGCACGGCGCGCACACUUUCCGAGGUCAACAGCAACAAACUCAUUGGUACGAACCAGGGCGUCACAGAUGCACACACGAGCAAUGCGCUUUCACGGGUUCCAAGAAAUCUGUUGAGAUUCACAUGAUGGAUCGGCAUUUGAUUUAUCCGCCUGGGUGGGACAAGCGAAAACGCAAACGAGAUUGGGACGCUGAUCCGAGCUUGGAUAAUGGGAAGCCAAUCCCGAUCCAAGGCACGAGUAUCAUUCUAAAUACUCCGGAGACAGUUGAUGCCUGGAUCGCGGAACGCAGGAACCGCUGGCCGAGUGCAUCGCGCGUGGAAGACAAGGAGAAGAAACUAAGAGAUGCGAUUGAGCGAGGAGAAAUCACUGCUACAGAUCCGAAACUGCGAAAUCGAAGGCGUCUACGAACAAAUGAUGCAGGCUCUGGACAGGCGCAAAUGAGAGGAAUGGGGCGUGGUGGCUCUGGGCGCGGUCGUGCACCAGCAGUGCGAACUUUGCCAGUACACUCAUUACCGAUGAAGCCAGUUGUCAAAAGUCCUGUGGAAGCGGAGAGUUCCGACGAGGACGCGAGUUCUGGCUCUGACGUGGAUCCGGAAAAGGAUGCUGUCUCAUCGAAAAUUCCACUAGGUGCUAUUGGCAUUGAAUUAGAGAAGAACGAGCCUGUGACUGCUGACAGGGACAUUGACAAAUCAUCAAAUGCAGCUUCACCUCGACCCCUGAAGGCCAUAGCACGGAAGCUUGCAGCUCAUCCUGGUCCACCGGCAAGUCAACGAAAUCCCUUCGCCACUUGUUCCUCUCUUCUUCGUAACCUCUUAUUACCCGAAAUACGCAUGACGGUCUCUAACUUAUCUCAGGCGAUCCACUUUCUCGUCGAGAAUGACUUUCUCCAAGAUGUGGAACUGAAUCCGGGCGAUGCAGAUAAUAAACCAAUUGAGGUUAUCAGCGAGACGACACAUGAAAACGCAUAGCACUAGUGCACAUGAGACACGAUAGUCCCAC